GGGCAAAGAGAGUUAGGUUUUUCAUGUACCUUCAAGAAACAAGAAGGCAUUCAGUUUGGUGACAGUUGAAAAUGUGGUGGCUACUUGUAACAGUGUGUUUCAUCCACAUGUCUGGAAAUGCAUUUUGUUUACUUGGAAAAAUUGCUGAGAACCCUGAAGCCAGUAUGAAUGUUAGUCAGAUGAUUUCCUACUGGGGCUACCCAAGUGAGAUGCAUAAAGUUAUAACUUCGGAUGGCUAUAUCCUUCAGGUCUAUCGGAUUCCUCAUGGAAAGAAUGAUGCCAAUCGUUUAGGUCAGAGACCUGUUGUGUUUCUGCAGCAUGGUCUUCUUGGAUCAGCCACAAACUGGAUUUCCAACCUGCCCAGCAACAGCCUGGGCUUCCUGCUGGCAGAUGCUGGUUAUGAUGUGUGGCUGGGGAACAGCAGAGGAAACACCUGGGCCCAGGAACAUUUAUACUAUUCAACAGACUCCCCUGAAUUCUGGGAUUUCAGCUUUGAUGAAAUGGCUGAAUAUGACCUUCCAUCCACAAUUGAUUUCAUCUUAAAGAGAACAGGACAGGAGAAGCUACACUAUGUUGGCCAUUCCCAAGGCACCACCAUUGGUUUUAUCGCCUUUUCUACCAAUCCCACACUGGCUGAAAAAAUCAAAGUCUUCUAUGCAUUAGCCCCAGUUGCCACAGUGAAGUACACCCAAAGCCUCUUUAACAAACUUGCACUUAUUCCUCACUUCCUCUUCAAGAUUAUAUUUGGUAACAAAAUGUUCUACCCACACAAUGUUUUUGACCAAUUUCUUGGUGUUGAAGUGUGCUCCCGUGAGACACUGGAUGUCCUUUGUAAGAAUGCCUUGUUUGCCAUUACUGGAGUUGACAAUAAAAACUUUAACAUGAGUCGCUUAGAUGUGUAUAUAGCACAUAAUCCAGCAGGAACUUCCGUUCAAAACACCCUCCACUGGAGACAGGCUGUUAAGUCUGGGAAAUUCCAAGCUUUUGACUGGGGAGCCCCAUUUCAGAACCUAAUGCAUUAUCAUCAGCCCACACCUCCCAUCUACAAUUUAACAGCCAUGAAUGUCCCAAUUGCAGUAUGGAGUGGUGGCAAUGACCUGUUGGCUGACCCUCAGGAUGUUUAUCUUUUGCUUUCAAAACUCUCUAAUCUCAUUUACCACAAGGAAAUUCCAAAUUACAAUCACUUGGACUUCAUCUGGGCAAUGGAUGCACCUCAAGAAGUUUACAAUGAAAUUGUUUCUUUAAUGGCAGAAGACAAAAAGUAGUUUUGGGAUUAGAGAAUUAUUCAUUUACUUUUUCCAAAAUAGUUUCUUCUCUCCCACAUGAUUUCUGUACUGUUUUAAAUGCAAUGCUUCUUUCUGUAAUGUUGACUUUCAAAAUAUAUUAGCAUCAACAAA